UUCGCCAUGUUUUUCUAUUAAAGUCUCACUAAUCUAAUGCGUUCUUCGACUUAAAGUUUAGACAUAUAUUUAAUAUAGCUAUGAUUCACGUAUUUUUUUUUUCUUGUGUACAAUUUUAAAAGAAUAUCAUAUUAUGGAUGCGUUCAUUUGUAACCUUUUUAGCCUAUUUCAACAAAUGGCUUGAAAAAAACUAGACAUAAGUUGAAGUAAAUCAAGUUUUAUUAAAAUUCAAACAAUAUUUGUGAAUUUUGAUACCUUUCACCUCGGUUUAUUCGUUUGAAUUUUUAAUUUUUUAUAAAAUAUUUUUAUGAUGUAGAAUAAUUACAUAUUUUGUGUUGGGUUGGGUUUUUACUUAAAAAUAUCGCCAACCCGACCCAACCCAAUUAGAAACAAACCGUAGGGUUUAGAUUUUUUUGGGUGGAUUUGGGUUUAAUAUUUCCCAAACCGUAGUGCAUGGGUUGGGUGAUUAAAAUGCCUAAACCCGGACCACCCGACCCAUGUACACCACUAGCUAAAAGUAAAACAUUGCGACCGUACGAAAUGCAAAGUUAUCGUGUACUUUUAGGUGAAUUACCCAUAGAUCACUGGCUUAUUAUUCCAACUAAAUAAUCUGCGAAAACGGCAGUGCGACCAGAAUUUGGCAGCUCCUUCGCUUCCCCUCCGAUCUGAUCUUCGAUCUUCCUCUUCGCUGCCCACAACUAACACUACCCAGUAACUCAACUCCGAUGGCGGAUACAAUUCCCUCUCAAACGCCGCCGAGAUCCGCCACGGACCUCUUCUCCGAACCGCUAGAUGGCCACCCACUCUGGUUCAAGCCCAACCUCUUCCUCUCCCCUAACUUCGACUCCGAAUCCUACAUCUCUGAGCUCCGUACCUUUGUUCCCUUCGACAACCUACGCUCCGAGCUUCAGAGCCACUUGGCUUCCCUCAACCACGAGCUCAUCGACUUAAUCAACCGCGACUACGCCGAUUUCGUCAACCUCAGCACCAAGCUUGUCGAUGUAGACGCCGCCGUGGUCCGGAUGCGGGCUCCGCUUUUGGAGCUCCGGGAAAAAAUCGAGGGAUUCAGGGGCAGCGUCGAAGGCUCUCUUGUUUCUCUCAGAAAUGGAUUGAAGCAGAGAUCCGAAGCUGCUGCCGCUCGAGAGGUCUUGGAACUGCUCUUGGACACCUUCCAUGUUGUUUCCAAGGUUGAGAAACUUAUAAAGGAGCUACCAAGCGUUCCUGCUGAUUUGUCCAAUGGAGAUGCAAAUCUGAUUGGGAAGAAUGCUUUGAGCAAUGGCAAUUAUGUGCCGCCAACUGAGAACGGGGCGAAUCUUAGAGAAACUCAAAGCAUGCUUCUGGAGAGAAUUGCUAGCGAGAUGAAUCGGCUGAAGUUCUAUAUUGCUCACGCACAGAAUCUUCCUUUCAUUGAUAACAUGGAGAAGAGGAUUCAAAGUGCAAGUCAGUUACUGGAUGCCAGUUUAGGACACUGUUUUGUGAACGGGCUAGAAAAUCAUGACGACAAUGCCAUUUACAAUUGUUUACGUGCAUAUGCUGCCAUUGACAACACCAAAAGUGCAGAAGAGAUUUUCCGCACCACAAUCGUAGCUCCUCUAAUGCAUAAAAUUAUCCCACACGAGCCUUCAGCUGGGGGUGCAGGGGUUUCAUCAGUUAUACUUGAAACUGAUUAUCUGCAGAUCAAGCAAUGCAUCCAGAAAAACUGUAAAUUCCUCCUAGAUAUUGCUUCUGAAGAAAAUUCCGGGUUGCACGUUUUCAACUUCCUCUCCAACUCCAUUCUGAAAGAAGUCCUCUCCUCAAUUCAAAAGGGAAAGCCUGGUGCCUUCUCACCUGGUCGACCGUUGGAAUUCCUUAGAAAUUACAAAUCAAGCUUAGAUUUCUUGGCAUAUCUCGAAGGCUAUUGUCCAUCCAGAUCUGCUGUUACAAAAUUCAGAGCAGAACCAGUAUACGUAGAAUUCAUGAAGCUAUGGAACGUUGGAGUUUAUUUUUCCUUAAGAUUUCAGGAGAUAGCUGGUGGUCUAGAGACUGCUCUUGCAGUAACCAGCCUUGUCCCUGUGCAGCAGAAGUUUUUAUCUGAUGAUAACAUUUCCCCACCAUUAACAUUAAAACAGAGUGCUACUCUUCUAGAGAGCCUGAGAUCUUGCUGGAGAGAAGAUGUUCUUAUCAUUUCUUGCUCUGACAAAUUCCUUCGCUUAACCUUGCAGCUUCUGUCAAGAUAUUCAAAUUGGCUGUCAUCUGGACUUGCUGCUCGGGAAACUGGCAGUACAGGCUCAACGCCUGGAUGCGAAUGGGCAAUUUCAGCCGCUCUUGAUGAUUUCAUUUAUAUCAUUCACGACAUUAAGAAUCUUUCCGCAGAAGUCUGUGGGAACUACCUCGAGCAUGUAGUGGAACUUUUAUCCUCGUGUUCCUCGGACUUCAUUGACCUAAUAAGACAAAGCAUUCUUCAAGGUGGAAGGUCUCUGAAUGAUUUAUCACUACCAGUCAUGAAGGCUGUUAUAGACACCCUGAAGGACAAGGCUGAAGAGGACUUGAAACAAUUGAAGGGGAUAACUGCGACAUACAGGAUGACAAACAAGCCUCUUCCUGUGAGACAUUCCCCCUAUGUGUCUGGGCUAUUGCGUCCAGUAAAGGCUUUUCUGGAGGGGGAGCGUGCUACGACUUAUCUUACCGAGGAAGUCAGGAAAGAGUUACUUCUCGGUACUGCAACUGCAAUAACUGAUUGCUAUAGCAAAUUAGCUACUGAGCUCGUUAGUCUGGCAAGGAAAACGGAGUCUUCACUCCAGAAAAUUCGGCAGGGAGCCCAGCGUCGUGCUGGAACGAGCUCUGAUGUGUCGGACCACAGCAUAUCAGACACGGAUAAAAUGUGCAUGCAAUUGUUCCUUGACAUCCAGGAAUAUGGACGAAACCUUGCCGCCCUUAGCGUUGAUGCAGCCAACAUUCCAUCGUAUCGCUCCUUGUGGCAAUGUGUUGCUCCCUCCGAUCGGCAAAACGUUAUUAGCUUGUGAUUCUUGCUUUGCCCUAACAAAGCAGCAGCUUCAGCUUGUAGAUGUAGUACUAGUAGUUUUCAAAUACCUUCACCCUUUUUGUCCCAUACAUAUAUAUGUUUUUUGACUAUUACUAUUUUAUUAUUAUGAUACAGCCCCUAUUGAUUGUACUUCUCUAUUACUAUUUUAUUAUUAUAUUAUAUGUUAUAGUUCAAUUUGUUAGCUCCAUAAACUGUUUCAAAACUG